CAUAUAAAUGCUUUCUCAAGUUGUGUAUUGGACAUGUAGACCUUUUCAAGCGACCUUGUGCCCACUACCGUUCAGGGUGUCGCAGAUUCACACCUUUCUCCAGCCAUCAGACGCGCUAGGAACAAUGUUCGUCUCCAGUGCCAGCCGUCGCUAAUUGCCCGCGCAGUUCACACAUUCCGACGUCACCUUUGAUCACAAGGAGAUGAGGGCGGAUAUAAAACCGGGGAUCAGACGGUUGUGGUCAGUCAGAUUCUGGGAAUAGACUAGAGGAGUAAUAUGUCAGCCGUCCACGGAAAACUGAGGGUAGGAGACCUAACUCAAUUCCCGAUGUACCCCGACGGACACAUGGAGAGGAAUAGCAUGCCGCAUUCAGAUUAUAGUGCUGCGGAUAGGGCAAACUACUUCAACUCCGCAAACGCCACCGGACAGAGAGCGGACAGCAUGACCCAUCGAAGGAAGAGAACCAACUUCACCCAGCAGCAGAUUGGGGUGCUGGAGAAAGUAUUCUCCGACACCAAAUACCCCGACAUAUACCUUCGCGAGAGACUUGAGGCUCUCACCGGCCUACCAGAGUCCAGAAUUCAGGUGUGGUUCCAGAACCGACGCGCAAAGUCCCGUCGCCUGGAAGGGUCGUCCAUGUCUAUGAAGCUCAAUAGUGUUGCCGCCCCCGUGACCCCAUUCGCGCAACUCCAUCACCGAAUGCACAACUUCAGACCAUCACUCCACACCCGGACGGAAGAAACGCACGCCAAGACCACACUACCCACGAAAACUGGUAACUACGAACACUCAAUUAUCCCGUAUGUUGACGAUGCAUCCAUAAAUGGGAAUAGAAGAAAAAUUGAGCAAAUCGAACGAGAUGAGUUGAGCGUUGCGGUUCCGUGCAACAACGUUCAUCCGUAUCACAAGGGAAAUGGACUUUACAUCAAGUCCCAGAGCAACAUAAGCGGUAGUGCAGGUACAAAACAUGUUCUGGUUGAAUAUGACAACUUUCCCCCAAACAAGACCAUAGGUCCCGAGAUGAAAGUUGUUAUCCCUCCUAUUCCUUCACAGAACAACUUAGGCAGGUCCUCUCCAAAGCAUAUCGCGUGCCAAGUACAGCAUCCUCAGGUUAAGACAAGACCUGAUAACUUUGGCCACUUCUCUCCCAUUCGUGCCAGCAAGGCUCAAGAGUUUUCUGAUUCGGAUUCAGAGUGGGAAAAUGGCGCCAUGUCUGGCUUUGGUGACUUCAUGUGAAAUUGACUGAUGGGUUCAUCACUUCAAAAUGAACAGAUGUAAGUUUGUUAUGAAGAUACUUAUUUAUUGUAUAUUAUUUUGAUUGUCUUCGUUUUCAAACAGG